GAACGAGUUCCCGCAGCGAGUUAGCAAUCACUUCCAGCACGCACAUUGGACUGUUCCUGUCUACGUUGAGGUUGGAUUUUACAGGAGAGAGUGUGUGAGAACAACCAUCUGGGAACGAAAAACCUUGUGCAUCGCCUCGUCUGUGCCCAACCUCUACCCAUCCCGCAGGCACCAACUCACACCACAUUUCCGCCCACCUUCGAGGAAAAGAGAAAUCACGACCAACAUUAGGAGGCGGGCGACGUUGGUUGGAUUGACACACCCUCAUUAUGGCAAUGCAACUGGACCUAUCUCAGGCACAAGUCCUGAAAGAUGAGACGGGCAGACCUUUCAUUGUCGUCCGAGACCAGGGCAAGAAGAAGAGGACACAUGGCAUAGAGGCUGUCAAGCAACACAUUGUUGCGGCUCGCACGAUCGCAAACAUUGUCAGAACCUCGUUGGGCCCACGGGGUCUCGAUAAGAUCCUCAUAUCUCCGGACGGGGACAUUCAGAUAUCAAACGAUGGCCGCACAAUCAUGUCGGAGAUGGAAAUCACACAUCCUAUCGCCAAACUUAUGGUCGAACUGUCCAAAUCACAAGAUGAAGAGAUUGGUGACGGUACCACUGGCGUCGUUGUUUUGGCUGCUGCUCUUCUCGAUCAGGCCGCAGACCUCAUCGACAAAGGUAUCCAUCCCAUUCGAAUCGCGGACGGUUUCGACCAGGCUUGCGAGGUAGCUGUGGCACAUCUGGACAAGAUCAGCGAUGAAAUCGCCUUCAGCCGCGAGAGGCAGGAAAAUCUGAUCAAAGUUGCCAAAACGAGUCUCGGAAGCAAGAUCGUCAGCAAAUCCCACGACCAGUUCGCGAAGAUUGCCGUCGACGCCGUCAUGUCUGUCGCCGAUCUGGAUCGAAAAGACGUCGAUUUCGAGCUCAUCAAAGUCGACGGCAAAGCAGGCGGUUCAAUCGAAGACUCCUUGCUUGUCAAAGGAGUCAUCAUCGACAAAGACUUUUCCCACCCGCAGAUGCCGAGCGAAGUGAGGGACGCCAAACUGGCGAUCCUGACAUGUGCCUUUGAACCGCCCAAACCGAAAACCAAACAUAAGCUCGAUAUAUCUACCGUGGAAGAAUUCAGGAAGCUACAACAGUACGAAAAGAAUAAAUUCGUGGAGAUGAUCGACAUGAUCAAAGAUACAGGGGCAAAUCUUGUGAUCUGUCAAUGGGGUUUUGACGAUGAGGCAAACCAUCUACUUCUUCAAAACAAACUUCCUGCCGUACGAUGGGUUGGCGGGCCUGAAAUCGAGCUGAUAGCGAUCGCCACCAAUGGUCGCAUUGUACCGCGAUUCGAGGAUCUGAGUAGAGAGAAGCUAGGCAAGGCUGGCGUGGUCCGGGAAAUGACUUUUGGCACCACUCGAGAAAAGAUGCUGGUCAUUGAAGAGUGCGCCAAUACCCGAGCUGUCACCGUGUUCGUAAGGGGCAGCAACAAGAUGAUCAUCGACGAAGCGAAGAGAUCUCUCCAUGACGCUCUGUGUGUUGUUCGCAACCUCGUCAGAGACAACAGAGUCGUCUAUGGCGGUGGCGCUGCUGAGAUUGCUUGUUCUAUCGCUGUUGAGGACGCGGCUUCGAAAUCACCAGGCCUGGAACAGUAUGCCAUGAGAGCGUUUGCAGACGCUCUGGAUGCAAUCCCGAUGGCACUGGCAGAGAACUCUGGUUUAAGUCCGAUUGAGACAUUGGCAGAGGUGAAGUCGCGGCAGAUCAAAGAACAGAACUCUCGGCUAGGCGUUGAUUGCAUGGGAACUGGAAACAAUGAUAUGCGGGCGAAUUUUGUCAUCGACCCCCUAAUUGGAAAACGGCAGCAGUUGCUCCUUGCAACUCAGCUGUGUCGAAUGGUCCUGAAGAUCAACAACGUGAUUGUGGCGGGCAGCGACGAUAAUGACUUCUAGACUUGUUCCAUCAGCAGUGCGUCAGCAUCUCACGGCGUUUAUGCAAAAGUCCUGCAUGAAGACAUGAUCGGAAAGAAUGUACAAAAUGAUACCCGUCGGCAGAUCGGAUAGAAAAAUGAAAAGCUGUCGGACGUCAUGAAUUUGCUAUCGACUAUUUGGCCUUCCAAAGGGUUCACCUCUCCCUGGUGGAGUAAAGUUCAGUUCGUCUCCUAAGUAUUCUUGACGCAUCAUUCCGUGCGGUUUGACGAGCCCAGUGUGAGACGUAGCCUUGAUCUUCUAUGCGUUCGUGGCCUCCAAAGUGCCGCAAGUGCCGUAAGUGCCGCCUCGACUGUGGCCUUGAGUGUUUCCAG